UGUACUGAGCAGGAAUCACUUGUGUUGUUGUAAACUGCGGCUGUAACGGCUCAAGUCUGCUGCACAAGUCCUUGAGGCGCAUUCAGAUCGUUCAUUUAACAGAAGCAGAUAUACAAAAGGACUUCAGCGAUUCAACAGAAAGUGUGAGCUGGGACUGAGACGCAGAUGAGAUGCACUGGAUACAUUCAGUCUGUGUUUAAGACUGACAACCCAGAAUAUACCUGCUAACAGGAACGGAGCCAAUAAUGUAUAUGAACAGAUGCGACCAAACUGAAGAAUGAAGAAGAAUAAAAGUGAAAACUCUCCAAGGGAUGGUGUAGAUAAAACCACAAAAUCAUACAAAGCUGAUGAAGGUGCUGACCUCAAGAAUGGCAUUGACAAAACAAAAAAAGAGAAAGCGCUGACCGUUGGAUUCUUUCAGCUGUUCCGCUUUGCCACAUGGAAGGAGGUGCUGAUGAUGGUGGUGGGAAGCGUGUGCUCUCUGGUCCACGGCGCCGCAUCUCCUCUCAUGCUGCUGGUGUAUGGCAUGAUGACCAACACCUUUGUGGGCUAUGAGCUUGAGGUUCAGGAACUGGCCAACCCGAACAAAACCUGCAUUAAUAACACCAUCACCUGGCUGGACGGGACUGUGGUCGAGCGGCUGGACAACAGCACCACGUACUGUGGUGUGGAUAUUGAGGCUGAAAUGACCAAGUUUGCGUUUUACUAUGUUGGAAUUGGAGCUGGAGUCCUUAUUCUGAGUUACUUUCAGAUCGCUCUCUGGGUUUCUGCUGCCGCCAGACAGAUCCAACGCAUCAGGAAAAUGUAUUUCAGGAAGAUAAUGUGCAUGGAGAUCGGCUGGUUUGACUGUAACUCUGUCGGGGAGCUGAACACAAGGAUAUCUGAUGACAUCAACAAAAUCAACAACGCUAUAGCAGACCAGGUAUCUAUCUUCAUCGAGAGGAUCUCAACAUUCAUAUUUGGUUUCAUGGUGGGAUUCAUCGGCGGAUGGAAGCUGACGCUGGUGGUGAUAGCAGUCAGUCCUCUCAUUGGACUGGCUGCAGGACUCAUGGCGAUGGCUGUGGCGAGGCUGACGGGUCAUGAGUUGACGGCUUAUGCUAAAGCAGGAUCAAUGGCUGAUGAAGUCCUUUCCUCCAUGAGAACGGUUGCCGCUUUUGGAGGAGAGCACAAAGAGACAGAAAGGUAUGACAGGAACCUCGUGGAGGCCCAGGCGUGGGGUAUUAAGAAGGGAGCGAUCAUUGGUGUGUUUCAGGGUUACCUUUGGUGCAUCAUAUUCCUGUGUUAUGCACUGGCUUUCUGGUACGGCUCAAAACUGGUCAUUGAAACCAAGGAGCUCACGCCCGGCGGCCUUGUUCAGGUAUUCUUUGGUGUUCUUAUGGGUGCCGUGAAUCUGGGCCAGGCCUCUCCUUGUCUUGAAGCCUUUGCUUCUGGUCGGGCCGCAGCCAAAAGUAUAUUCGACACUAUUGACAGGGAACCAGAAAUCGAUUGCUUCUCAGAAGAAGGUCAUGUGUUAGACAAAGUUAAAGGUGACAUUGAAUUCCACAGUGUUCACUUCAACUAUCCCUCUCGUCCUGAAGUGAAAAUAUUAGAUGAUUUGAAUGUUGUGGUCAAAGCUGGUGAGACGACUGCAUUUGUUGGACCAAGUGGAUCAGGAAAGAGCACAACAAUCCAACUCAUUCAGAGGUUCUACGACCCAAAAGAAGGAAUGGUCACCGUGGAUGGUCAUGACAUCAGAAGCCUGAAUAUCCAGUGGUUGCGUUCCCUUAUUGGCAUAGUGGAGCAAGAGCCUGUUCUGUUUGCCACCACGAUCGCGGAGAACAUCCGAUACGGCCGUGCUGGAGUCACCAUGGAGGAGGUUAUAGAAGCCGCCAAACAGGCCAAUGCUUACAACUUCAUCAUGGAUCUUCCUCAGAAAUUUGACACAUUGGUGGGUGAAGGUGGGGGUCAGAUGAGUGGAGGGCAGAAACAGAGGAUCGCCAUUGCUCGAGCGCUGGUCAGGAAUCCCAGAAUCCUCCUGUUAGACAUGGCCACAUCAGCGCUGGAUAACGAGAGUGAGGCUGUAGUACAGGAGGCCUUGGAUAAGGCUCGGCAGGGAAGAACGACUAUCAGCAUCGCACACCGUCUGUCCACCGUCCACAACGCUGAUGUGAUCGUGGGCUUUGAACAUGGACGCACUGUAGAGAGAGGCACGCACAGACAGUUACUGGACAGAAACGGAGUUUACUUCACACUAGUAACCCUGCAGAAUCAAGGAAAGGAUACAGACAGCGAUAAACCAGAGUACACUGCAGAGAUGAUCAUUACAGAGGAGGAGGGACUUGAGAAAGUAAAGAGCUUCAGCAGAGGAAGUUACGAGAGUGCCUUAAGGCGCUCUUUGAGACAGCGAUCACAUUCUCAGAUGUCAAACAACAUACCAGAUGCCAUAUCUGGAAAAUUCAAAAUCCACUCGGAUCAUUUAGAAACUGAGGAAUUUGACGCAAACAACAAGAAAAGCAAGCGUAAAGAUGAAGAAGUCAUUGAACCGGCUCCUGUGGCACGAAUCCUGAAGUAUAACUGUCCCGAGUGGCCAUAUAUGCUGCUGGGCUCUUUAGGUGCUGCCAUCAAUGGAUCGGUCAACCCCAUCUAUGCUCUUUUAUUCAGUGAAAUCCUUGGGACAUUCUCCAUUCAAGACCUGGAUGAACAGAGGAGGCAGAUAAACGGGAUUUGUAUUUUGUUUGUCAGCAUAGGAGUCCUGAGCUUCUUUUCACAGUUCUUACAGGGCUACUCAUUUGCCAAAUCAGGAGAGCUGUUGACUCGCAGGCUGAGGAAGGUUGGAUUUCAGGCGAUGUUGAAGCAAGAGAUCGGCUGGUUUGACAACCCCAUUAACAGUCCUGGUGCUCUGACUACCAGACUAGCCACUGACGCCUCCAUGGUGCAGGGGGCUACAGGUUCACAGAUCGGCAUGAUUGUGAAUUCACUGACCAACAUCGGUGCUUCCUUCAUUAUUGCAUAUUACUUCAGCUGGAAACUGAGUCUAGUGGUCACUUGCUUUCUUCCUCUCAUCGGCCUGUCUGGAGUUUUUCAGGCUAAAAUGCUGACAGGAUUUGCUAAUGAAGAUAAAAAUGCAUUGGAGGCUGCUGGACAGGUGUCCAGUGAAGCUCUGAGCAACAUCAGGACCAUCGCCGGUUUAGCCAAAGAGAAACACUUUGUGUCUCAAUAUGAAGAAAAACUACAAGCACCAUAUAAAAGGGCAAAGCAGAAAGCUCAUGUUUAUGGGAUCUGUUUUGCAUUCGCCCAGUGUGUCAUUUUCAUGGCCUUCGCUGCCUCUUUUAGAUAUGGCGGCUAUCUGGUCAGUAAUGAGGGGCUUCCAUAUAUGAUGGUGUUCAGAGUCAUUUCAGCUCUGGUGACCAGUGCCACUGCACUUGGCAGAGCUUCAUCUUUUACACCAGAUUACGCCAAGGCCAAGAUAGCUGCUGCCCAACUGUUCAAACUGUUGGACAGGGUUCCCAAAAUAAGCCUCAGCAAAACAGAAGGACAUAGUUGGGAUGACUUUAAGGGCCGAAUAGAAUUUAAAGGGUGCAGGUUCACGUAUCCCAGCAGGCCAGACAUCCAGGUUUUGAGGGGGCUGGAGGUGUCAGUACAUCCAGGACAGACUCUUGCUUUUGUGGGAAGCAGCGGCUGUGGGAAGAGCACCAGCGUUCAGCUGCUGGAGCGAUUCUACGACCCCGAUGAAGGACAAGUGUUGAUCGAUGGACAUCCAUCUGCGAGUAUCAGCGUGCCCUUCCUGAGGUCUCACAUUGGAAUCGUAUCCCAGGAGCCAGUGCUGUUCGACUGCAGUAUCGCAGAGAAUAUCCAGUAUGGAGAUAAUUCUCGUACUGUGAGCAUGGAGGAGAUUAUAGAGGCUGCUAAGAAGGCCUAUCUGCACGAUUUUGUGAUGACACUGCCUGAUAAAUAUGAAACUCAGGUCGGUGCUCAAGGCUCUCAGUUAUCUCGUGGACAGAAACAGCGCAUAGCGAUCGCAAGAGCCAUCGUCAGAAACCCUAAAAUCCUGCUGCUGGAUGAGGCCACGUCUGCACUCGAUACUGAGAGUGAGAAGGUUGUUCAGGCCGCGCUUGAUGAGGCCCGUCAGGGACGCACGUGUAUCGUCAUUGCUCACAGGCUUUCCACCAUUCAGACUGCUGACAUCAUCGCUGUGAUGUCACAGGGCGUGGUCAUCGAGAAAGGGACCCACGAGGAGCUCAUGGCCAGGAAAGCUGCAUACUACAAGCUUGUCACGACAGGGGCGCCUAUUAGUUAAAAAAACAUAUAGCACAUUCCUUGUGCUGUCAUUGGUUUGUCUGGCUUAGUUGGGCUGCUCAAACAGAUUACAUCUCAUUACAUUUGGUAAUGGAAUUACUUAACAAUCGUUGAGGUGUUUUUUGCGGAUAUGUAUUUAUUGAUAAGUGGACGUUUAUUAUGUCUUGACAAAAUCCUCUAUGUGUUUGAAUUAUACUUAUAUAGGUGUGGUUAGUCAACCUGGAUGACCUGUUUUUGUGUGUUUUUUCAAGAAACUGAGAGAAAAUGUAUGUGACAUCAUGCAAACAUUUGAUUUGUACUAAAAGGUUGCAGAGAAUCGACAGUUUUGAUGUCUCAUUCGUUGUCAUUCAGAUGUUACAGAUGAACAGUUUGUACAUAUUAAAAAGUCCUGUAUGAAAUUUAAACAUAUUUUUCACUAUUAAUUUUGCCUUCAAUGAUGAAAAAUUGUGCUCAUUUAGCUAAGCAACAAUACUGUACGUUUCUCCUCGCUUGUUUAUUUGUUCCAUUUGUUCCUAAGAGGGCAUAAAGUUAAAGAAAACAGCUUGAACCAUCUUGUAAAGGUUUAUUGUUUACAGCACUCAGCUGGUUUAAGUCGUCAGCCAGUUAGUCUCCCAAGCCUGACCAGCUCAAAACUGCUUAAAUCACUCUAAAACUAGCCCACAGGCUUGUCUUAUGUAGGUUUUUCUUUCAACAGGGCAUUUGUAAAACAGUGGAAGGAUACAUUUUUAUUUUUGGUGUUAUUAUAUAAAUUAUUUUUUACAGUGUGGCUGAAUAUUGCAUAUUUGAAUAUUUUAAUAUACUGCAUCAAAAACUAGACUUAAAGAGGGAAAAAAACACACAAACACUUUGAGUCAGUGAUUCAGUGGUGCAUACAUAAAGACAAAUUCAUUCUUGAAUGAAUCAGUCUGAACGAAUCGUGUGAAGGCAUGCUUCAGUGACUCAUUAAUUAUAAACCUGCCACCUACUAGCAUUUUAUUUUCAUAGUAGCUUAUCUCUGCAUUUUUUUCCAACAUUUCAUAUUUGUACAAUAAUAAUAAUAAUAAUAAACUAUUUUAAAACACCAAGCUCACAACAUUAUUUAUGCUGUUAUAAUUUUGCAGUCUAUAUGCAUAUAUUUCAGCUACACUGAACUGUAAAUGCCAGUAACUUCUGUUUCUUCUGCAGAGGAAAGAUCAGGUUUGUUGAUACUGAUUUAAUUUGAUUGGUAACAGCCAUAUAUUGUCUUAUUAUAUUAAGUGAAAUUAUUAAUAAAAUGAAAGAAUUUGAUAUGAAAGAUGAUG